AUGGAAGUUUUGGUGACUAAAGGUCGAAAUUAUGAUGAAACGAAUGGUCGGGCGACGGGCGUCAAAGGUGUUAUUCAAGAUGUCGUGGGCAGUUCACGCGAGCCUACUUCUAAAAACGGUCAGAUCGACAUGGAUGUGACUUCCGAUAACUGGUCCAACCGUAGCCCGGAUACCGUUGAAGAAGUGGUAAAGUCAACGUUGCGCGACAACUUUAAUCUCGAUGUUUUAACGAGCCAGAUCAACGCUGCUGAAGAAGCUUUGACACCCAGCAUUGUUGAGCGAGCGAAGGAAGCUGUAUUUGAAGCGACCGACGUGUUGUUGGGUGGUAAGGUGAGCUCCACUCCGGAGGGUCAUAGCUUUAUGCACACAGUAACACCGUGA